UGCUUCCCAAAACUAGCAACAUGUGGCACUGGUUGUGGUUCUUCGUGGGCUCUCUGCCCCACUGCCAAAUGCAAUACUUGACAGAUCAUGCUCUGUCCAUAGCUGCCAUGAAGAGUCUCGUGGAUAUGGAAAGUUUCUUUAUCGCAGAGUUAGACAAAUACUCGAAUGACUUGGAGUGGAAAAUCAACACCAUAGAGAGCUUUCUGGAGGAAGUGCAACUGAAAAGGGAGCCUUGGAGGCAUAUUCCGGAUGAAUUAGUUGCUCAUCCGUUGGCUAGUUUCUCUCUUAUACGUCGCCUACAUGAAGAUUGGAGCCAUAUGGAGCUAUUUAUGUCACAUCAAGUGGCUUUGGAUCAGCUCAAUGCUAUUCAGAGCGUACUGGAUGUGGCCAAGCCAACGGCACAGGAUCUGGAAGAUGCUCUCAGCGGAAUAGAAGCCAUUCAGAGUCACUAUGAUCUAGAGCCAACGGAUAUGGCCAAUGGAGUGUUGAAUGGACGGCAAUAUGACGCUAACCUGACAACGCUAGAUUGUCUGGCUAUGGUUAGAUUCCAUGAAAAUAACCAACACUUGCAUGCGUCCUUCGAUUGGUAUGCGGCAGCGCUACAGCGCUACGAUGAGGCCAGAGAUGGUCAUCUCUACAGAGAUAUUUUCAACUUUAAAUUAUCCGAUUUUUAUGGCGACUAUGCGCGUUCUUUGGCAGGAAGAGGUUUGGGCCCAGCCGCAUUGACGCUACUAAAGAAUGUAUCCGAUUUGCAUGCUGAUCUCUGGCAACUUCAGCGUGAAAUCACGCAUCAAAUGGAACUGCAGAAAUACGAUAAUAAACAUGUCAAAAGUGAGCAAAACAAUCAAAGGAUCGGAUGUCUGGGUUUAUUUCCACCCAUCCCAAAUGGCAGUUGUCAUUACGAGACUAAAAGAACAGCCUUCCUGCGGCUUGCACCGCUCAAAGUGGAGAUGCUUAGCCUCGAACCCUAUAUAGCCAUCUACCACGAUGCCAUUUACGAUAAGGAGAUUUCGCGUGUCAUGACGCUGCCACUCUCUGCGCUGAAGGGUACCUCACGCUAUAGAGAGCGACGGGAAUAUAAUCUGAAGUUCACUACGGUGCAUGAGGAGCCCAACAGCCAACUAAAUCAACGCGUUAGGGAUAUGACGGGUGGGAAAGUAAAAGAAGACAAGGAUUUUCGCAUCUACAAUUAUGGAAUAGGUGGCUAUAUACGCUACCAUAUGGAUAACUUGGCCAAAGAGGAGCAAAAGACUGGCUUUGGGGAUUAUCAGACAACAAUCACGUACUUCUUGAAUGAUGUGGAGCUUGGUGGCGCCGUUUCAUUUCCACAACUUGAAAUCACAGUAUGGCCGCGUAAAGGCAGUGCUCUGGUCUGGCAUAAUCUGUACAAUAAUUCGGAACUCGAUUUACGUGUGGCACACAUCUCAUGCCCUGUCAUUGUGGGCUCCAAGUGGACGCUCGUCAAGUGGCUGCAUCAGCACACCCAAAGGUUUGCACAGACCCAGGAAAAAACCGCGUGACUAAAUCAGCAAAUGAUGACCGUGAAAUGCUGAAUUUUCCAAAGCUUUUUGCAACUUAAUGUUUACUUUUCUUUAACCAG